AUGAUCCCGAUCGACGAAUCGAUUGAGGAUAUUACAAAGGAACAUGAAACUCGACCAUCUUUACCGGAACCCUCAAAACCCAGCAGUUCUGCAGGUUUCACAGUACCCCCUUGUGAUAUGCCAACGUUCAGCGGAAAUUUCAAAAGCUGGGCAUCGUUUAGGGAUUUUCUUAAGGCCAUUUAUGGCAAUAAUACCCGUUUAAGUGGAGUUGAAAAACUUUUCCAUCUUAAACAAAAAACAAGAGGCGAAGCCAAAGAAACAGUAGACAAUGCACCCUUAACAAAUGAUGACUUUCUUAUUGCGUGGAAUCAAUUAGCUUCUCAGUAUGAGAAUCGUGGGAUGCAAAUUAACGCGCAAUUAAAAACCCUAUUGAAUUUACCAUAA